CAUAUGGUUCUUGUACUGGGCGACUGAUGCUGAUCGAAUUUAUAGGAUACUGGAACACCUUGGUGAAGGAGGGAAGAGAAACAGCGGAGGCAUUUUAGAAUUGUUCUAGGGCGGACUUGGAAAGAAAGAAUAACCAUGAAAGAAGAAAUGGACAUCGACGAGGCUGUUAAGUCGGGACGGCAACGGUGGUCGACAUCUGCCGUGGUCGCCGUCGCUCUCGGCAUCACCCUCAUCCUGGUACCCCUCUGCGUCUGUCUUACGUACUUCCUUCAUCCAGGUUACGGACUGAGCGAUACCGACGACGACAGCCCCUUCGAACCUUUGCCAGCCGAACCCGACGUCCGUAUCAACUGCAUACCGGACAGGGACCAGUCGCCCAACGAGGAGCUCUGUUCUAAUCGCGGUUGCAUGUGGAUGUCGCCGUACUCCGAGGGGCAACCAUGGUGUUUCUUCCCCGAGGACUAUGGCGCAUACCAUGUCAUGGUUGAGGAUAAUAUGAGCUGGGGUACUCGGAUACGUCUCGAACGGCAUGCUGAGGUGCCUUCGUUUUUCGGCGGUGUCAUUCAAACGUUGAUGAUUGAUAUUGAGCAUCAAACGAAUGACAGAAUCCAUUUUAAGGUUAGGCAAAAGCCAUUCUUUGUUGAUUGUUUAAUUUCUUCCGUAACUGGUUCAUUUUGUUUGUCCUUUUAUAUUCUUUAACAAUUCCUCUGUGAU